GAGAGAGAGAGAGAAAGGAGGGAGGGGGUUAGGGCGAGUGUGUUUUCUGUAUAAGUUCUUGUUUGUGGAGUGAAGUACUGAGGCCAGAGUUCGGAGACCAAAGUCUGGUCAUCAUCCAGUGAAGUGGUUGAAUCACCAAGUAGAAAUAAUGAAAUGGCGUAGUGUUCUAAUCUUCUUGAUGCUGACUGGGAUAGGAGGGGCAGAACUCCUUCCUCCUGAAAGAUCCUACAAGUUCCUCAUGCUCCUUCCUAUGGGAAGCAAGAGCCACAGGAAUGUCUUCAUGCCCUUGGUAGAAGCCCUUGCGGAUAGAGGCCAUAAAUUAAGUACCAAAAGCAUUGCUAGUAGACAUGCUGACCAGUUACGACAUCCAGCACAAAAACCCUAACAUCAGAGAGAUUCCUCACGGACUUCCCCAUUAUCCGAGAGGUAAAAUAAACAUGUUCAAUGAUGCAAAUACAGUACUUGGAACUUACCAUAUGCUCAAGGAUAAUAUGUGUAAGAUGGCAAAAGAUAUUUAUCAUGUGCCUCGUGUGAAGGAACUCUACAGGAAGAGAAAGGAGUAUGACCUCAUUGUCAUUGACCACCUGUUUCAUGAGUUCAUAUACCCCUUCAUACACGAGAUGCCAUUUAUUACCAUUGCUACAAGUGGUUUGGAUUCAAGACAAAGUGCUGUUCUCGGAAAUGUCCUCAGCCCAGCAUACAUACCCAAUUCACUUGACAUACCUGACUGUAAACACGUUUUUGGACGAAUUUUCAAUGCCAUUGUUAGCAUAGCAAGACCCUUUUACUGGAGACACUGGCAAGUUAUACCGGCAGUUCAACAAGAGAUCAACAUGCACUUCCCAGACCUUCCUCCUCUUUUGGAACUAGAGAGAAAUCAGUCUCUCGUCCUGAUGAACUAUCAUUUUUCGACUGAUUUGACUGUUCCCCUUUUGCCUGUCCAAGUGGAAGUAGGUAGCAUGCACUGUCGACCUGCCAAACCUUUACCAGAGGACUUAGUAUCAUGGAUUGAAGGCGCAGGCUCAGCAGGGGUAAUAUACUUCAGCCUUGGCUCAAUUACAGAAGGGAAGACAUUGCCAAUCAAGUACAGAAACAUGUUCAUUGAAGCUUUUUCGAAAUUAAGUCAAAGGAUUCUUUGGAAAUUCGAAAAGGACUUAGGAGCAAUUCCCGAAAAUAUCAUGAUCAGGCCCUGGCUCCCACAGCAAGAUAUUUUAGGUCACCCUAAUGUGAAAGUAUUUAUAAGUCAUGGAGGGCUUCUCAGUCUGCAAGAGACGUUGUACCAUGGGACUCCCAUCGUUGUACUGCCCCUGUUUGGAGAUCAGCCUGGAAAUGGCGGCAGAGUUGUUGCUAAUGGAUGGGGUCUCUCUGUUAAUUAUGAAAAUUUAUCUGAAGAUCUCAUCAUUAGUUCUGUAAAGGAAAUUAUAAACAACCCUAAGUAUAAAGAAAAUGCAGUGAAGACUUCUAGAUUAUACAAGGACCAGUUGAAUUCUCCCAUAGAAAGAGCAGUGUUCUGGACGGAGUACGUCAUACGCCACAGAGGAGCCCCUAAGUUGAGGUCUCCGGCUGCGAGUCUGUCGUGGGCGCAACUACUACUGCUGGAUGUGUUGGCAGUGUUCCUCUUGGUCGUCAUUUUGUCUUUUUUCAUUCUCCAGUGGAUUUUCAAGAAAGUUUUGGGUGCAGUUUUUGAUCAAAACUGUUUAAAAAGAAAGCCUGAAUAAGUAUUCAUCGAAAUCCGUUUAUGCUCGUCAAUAAAUAUACGACAUACGCACAGCACGUGCAA